UUGGAAUGUCUGCUACGGUCUGUUGUGCAUCGUAUUCGUGUAGAGAUCGAGGUAUUCUUGUCUGUGCGUUCGUAUCGUUUGUUUGGUGUCGGUAAUAUUAACGUUUUUAUGCGAAGCGUUUGAAUUCUUAGUUUAUAUUUUCGUUUUCGUGAACGUUUUUCGAGUACAGUUUAUCGUAAAGUUUUUCAAUUUUAGAAGUGCUUUUUUCAAACUUUUCACCGGGUAAUUCUUUAUCGAGUAUUGAUUUACGUGUUGUUACUAUUGUGCGUUCUGGUUCUGAAAAUAUAAACUUGGUUUGUGUGUGUUUUGUGCGCAUUCAGAUCACCGGAUUCUUCAAAUGAGGUGAGCAAUAUCGAAUUGUUGCUGUACAUAUAACAACUGCAUAGCGAAGAAGCGAAGAUCGCAUUUAUAUGAAUCAUUCUAUUAUAGGUAGGGCAUUAUAAACAAUAUUAUGUCGUUGGGAUUUAUAUAAGGCGAGGAAACGAGCAAACGAUUGUUAGCAAGUUGCGCGUGGAAUUUGGAGCGAACUUAAUUCCAACCGAGUGAGGCAGCAGCGUCGAAUAAUUUCCAACUGGCGAAAUAUAAUGAUGGAAAAAAACAACUCGGUUGUGUUUUUUUAGGAGAUGAAAAUUACACAUAAAUUCACGAUGAAAUCGUGCGAAUCAUUUUUACCCAGUUCGUGAUCGCUGAACAAAAAAAGGAAGAAGGAUGCCCGAAGAAGUUAAAGUGCCAUCAUGCACCGUGGUGUCGCAGAAAGAGUACAAAUCUGAUUACUGUCCGGAAUCUGUCGAUGAUUCGAGUCGUGAUUCGUCGUUCAGCGGCGAAAUGAAUAGGUCCGAAAGUUCUGGAUCGUUUGACGAAUCAAAUGGAUUUAAACAAAAUGGACACGAACCCGUCGAGAUAAUUCCCACCAGAACAAUAAAAACAUCCGUACCGAAACCGGCAGCCAAUCCUUUGCAGUUUGUGAAAAUUGGCCCAUGCGAUCUGUAUCGUUCGGCUCAGCAACAGUUGCAGAAGGUUAGCGAGGUUAAGAAGCCAAAGAAGGAAGUCAAAGAUGAAAUGGAAGAUUGGCAAUCGAAUCUUGAUAGCUGGAAAUGCAAUCGAAGGAAACAACAAGAGCAUAUCAUCGAGAGAGUUGUCGAAGUGAAGAAAUUAGAAUUGGAAGAACACGAUCGAAACAAGAGAAGAACAAAAACCUUUAGCGAAAUGAUGGAAGAAAGGACUUCAAAAGGUCGAAAACUAAGUUUACCAUUGUAUCUGGAAGACGAAUCCGAUGACCUUUCCGAUCUUGGCAUAAGUUCAAGCAAAAACGCAAUCAAAUCACCAACGAUACCAGAAGAAAACGAAGCUAAAUUCGAAAGUGCGCAAAAUGGUGAACAAGACAAAUGCGAACAAAACGGCGACGAUAUAAAUAGCAAAACGGAUACGUACGAUAGCGCCAUACAAAGUUACGAAAAUCGUAUGAAAUCUAUAUCAAACGGUAAAGUGCCAGUUCGUAAAUAUAAUACGAGACGAGGCUCCGCGGCAAAAAUCGAAGAAAAACUAUCGGAAUUGGAAAAGAUCAAGAAUCGCUCCGUCAGCACUACCGAUUUAACGGAAAACAAUAAAAAGCAGAUCAGUAUACCGAAAGUGAAUAUUUUCCAAAGGAAAGAAAUGUUUGAGAAAAUGAGCGCCGAAGAAUCGUCGAAAAAUAAACUGAAAGACGAGCUUCCUCCGGUACGUAGUAUCAAAGAAAGAUUACACUCGUUGGAGAAGCAAGUCGAAGAGAACACGACGAAUAAGGCGAAAAACGUACCGCUAACCGAGAUCUCGGUUAAAGACCGGCUGUCCCAUAUAAACGAAAAAAUGCGCCAAAAUUCGACAUCCGUUGAAAAAUGCCCGCCUAGCGAACGAACGCCUUCGAAUAAAGAAGCGGCCAAAGACGAGACGACAUCUUACCAGAAUUUCGAUCGUAGCAAACCGCAAGACGAAACUUUGCAACCUAAUCGAGAAUAUUCAUCGGGUCGAUCGUCCAGUUCGGAGGAUUACGAACACGUGCAAAUGAACCAUUUCCAUCAUCGAUCGUUGGAUAGCCUGCAAGGACACGAUUCGCCUAAUGGAUUCUGCUUCGAAAGAGUGCAAAGCUUGGAAUGUAUCGAUUGCUGUAGUAAUUACCCGGCUUCGGUACUCAGUGGAGAUACGGAUCGUGAAGAUAGCGGUAUCCAUACGGCCGAUGUAUCGAGCUCUGUCAGCCAAGCCGAUGAUUUCGAUUUGCACGCCGAUACGUCGAUGGACGUCGACGUCAAACAGAUACCUCCUACUAUCGAGGAGAACAAAGCUGAUAAAUCUAGUCAUAAUGAUUUUAAUUUCGUUAGUCAAAACGAUAACGUAUUGGAAUCUACCGAUACGUCUAAUUCGGAAGGUAGUAAUAAUGAUAAUAUUAAUGGUGCAAAUCAAAAUACCCAAAAUGAUUCAACUGCCAACGAUCAAUCGAUAGCCGCCGUAGAAUACGAUUUAGUCGAUUUGGUCGAGGUAACCGUUGAAAGAACAGAACCCGAGCGAGAAUCGUUCGUCGAGUCUAACCAAAUUCAAGUCGAUGUUUUCGACGACGAUAAAAAUCAAAAUAAUAGCGAUCUUAAUGAAAAAACGUUGGUCGAUGAGAAUAACGAUGAUGCUAAAUGUGAUUCGUCUGCACUUGAAACCGUCCAAGAGGAGGUUUUCAGUAAACGUGAAUCCCAUUGCGAACAAGCUGCCGUUGACUCGACCUUGUCCGAAGUUACCAAACAGAUUGAGUGUGAUGAUCAAUACAAUGUGAACAAUUCUUAUAAAGAAGAGGAAGAACCGAACAAUGAUUUUGUGAACAAUACCACGCGCAAUCAAAAUUGCUAUGAAACUGAUAGCAGCGAAUAUGCUUCCGAUUUUUCUGCAAAUCCAGCCGAACAACGUAUCGAUUAUUUAUACUUGAAAAAUAAUCAAUAUCUCGGAGGGUUUCCGAACGAAUCAGUCACGCAAGAACCGGCUUUAUUUGCUUUCGAGUCAUCCACUGCAGUCGAACCGCCGAAAGAAAAACCUCCACCGCCUCCACCUUUGGAUAUUAACGACGAUGAAUUGGACGUAAAUGAAAAUAAGAGCUGUUUACGUAGAAUGGACUCGACAAAACGAAUUAAGAAAGAGUUGCGCCAAAAACGAUCUUCUUUUCUUGGCAUCGAAGGGUUUGACGAUGAUAGUUACCUCGAACCCGAAUCAGUUAAACCACCACCAGAUAUGACAACAUUUCUGCAAGAAGAAAGAAGACUAGAGAAAUUACUGUAUCGUCAAAGUAUCUGCUCCGAAAGCGAUUCGACUCAAGGCGAAUCUCGCGAUUCUGGAGUUGAACUGGAUAAGAAUCAAAUUGACGAAAACUCUUGGAUGCCUGAAAAUACGCAUAAUAGGCAAGAUAGCGAAACUUAUGCGAAUACGAGUACGACUUCGGAAGAAGACGAAAUUAUCAAAAAAGAGCGUGAAAUACUCGAAAUACUCGAGCUGGAGGAACAAAGACACUAUGAGACUGAAUCGAAGAACGAGUAUAAUAAUUUAGGGGAAAAGCUCGUGCAAAGAUUGCAAGAAUUGGAACGUCAAAAAACCGAACCUUGUUGGAGUCGUGAACAAGAACUUUUGAACAAUCAACGUAAUCUCGCGAAUCAACAAAAUUACAUAAAAUACGAGGAACCGCCAAUGAACAAUGAAAAAGUACAAUACAACGGUACAGAAAACGUAGUACAACACGAGGUGAUCGAACCAAACGACUCAGCUUUGCUGCAACAGCAAUGGGCUAGAAGAUCUCUACAGGAUAUUACUCAACAACCGGAAAUAACUCCUUCCGUUAACGUCGAGUAUACCAAACCUCGCGUCGCUUACAGGAACUCGAUGCCGAAUAUUCAACAAGAAUUGACGGUCUCGAAUCAUUAUCAUAGAGUUCCACCGCCGAUUCCGCCCAAUAAACCGAGUGCCCAUUUCAGAGAACCUGCUGUCGUCAGCAAGGCGUCGAGUCCUCAACAAAUGUCCAAACAAACUUUACAAGCUUUAAGCGCUGUGCCACGUUCCAAGAUAGUAGCUACUGAUUCUUGGGUACUCUCAAAAAAGAAACCCAGACAAGAAGCGUACAAUUACCAGCAUUGGCUCAUUCAGGAAGCGGAGCAUAGAAGAAUUACCGAAUACCAGCAAAGGCACCGGAAUGAUAACCCUGUACACAGCAAUUAUGUAAAUACCCAUUGCGAUUACGUUGAACAAAAUGCCAUUUCGAAUGGCGACAAUCGCUCUCACCAAAAUCGUUCGUUAUAUGCUCAUCCGCAAAUGUUACCGUAUCGUAAUGUCGAUCAAUAUCACGAUAAAAAUUACAAUAAGCCUCAAAAUAACAAACCAUUACCAGACUCGGUCAUUCAGACGCUCACUCAAAGAGUACAAAAUCGCUUUGCCAUCGCUGAUGGCAAUAAACCAAGAAGACGUGAUAAUUUUGUUAGUAGUAAUCAGCAAGAAAAAAUGCUGAGCGUUAGUGGGAAGAAGAAAUGUUCUCAUUGUGGCGAUGAAUUAGGAAGAGGAGCUGCUAUGAUAAUUGAAAGUUUAAGGCUGUUUUAUCAUAUCGAUUGUUUUAAAUGUUGCGUCUGCUGCGUUCAACUUGGAGAUGGUUUAAUGGGUACCGAUGUUCGAGUAAGGAACGAUAAACUCCAUUGCCAUAGUUGUUACUCAAACGACGAAGGACUGAAGUUUAGCUGUGUAUAAAUACCUACUCAGUGAGCUGCAAAAAUCGUCGCAUAAAUGUAUAUGUUUUUUUUAAAAAUGUUUUGUUAAUAAAUUAUUUUAUCGUUUUUUUCUCCUCAAAUUAGAUAGUUGUAUAAAUCUACCUACAUUUGUAUAAAAAAAGAAGUGAAUUAAGAAAAAUGAAUUUUUCGCAGUAUUAAAUAUAACUAUGUAUAUUGUUUUGUAUUUUAUUCUAUAUGAUUGUUUUUGAAAAAAACUGUUGUUGUAUUAUUUUUAUUAUUGAAAACAGCGUAUGUAUUAUUUUAUUAUCGCGUGUGCCUUAUUACACCUUUAUAUUAUGUCAUUAAAAAAAUUUUGUGAAAUAAAUUGUUUCUCGUUCUAACGUA